GAUUACUUUCCAUGAGCAGUCGCAGCACUUUCCAGCAAAUAAAGGAACCAAAACUGUUUAUAGGAAUACGGGAAGUUUCUUAGAGCUGUUUUGCAACUUUGUGCACUUUUGCACAAAGAAGAAGGACUCACAUUUCUUUUUCACUCUUGAAGAAGCUCCACUAAAGGCAGUGGCAAUGGGUGACGAGACACACAAGGGGCAAGCGCCUGUUGUUGAGGAAACCAAGGUGAGGGUGCUUUAUGAAACUGAAGCAUCUAUCGAGCCUGACGGCAAUGUCGAUUACGGUCUUACCGGGGCAAACUCGAUCUACUCUGCAAUUCUAAGCAGAAAUGAGGCUGUCAAAGAUGCCAAGCGCCUGAAAACCUUCUUGGAACUUCGAGACAAAUAUGUGAAGAAGAAGGUUUUGUUUGAAGACCCUCUGUUCCCUGCAGACGACUCUUCCCUUUUCUACAGUAAGAAACCUUCAAUGAGGUUUGAAUGGAAACGUCCAUCAGAGAUCUGUGACAACCCUCAGUUUAUCGUAGAUGGAGCAAACCGGACAGAUAUCUGUCAAGGAGAGCUGGGUGACUGCUGGUUACUUGCUGCCAUCGCUUGUCUGACUCUCAAAGAGAAGCUGCUGUACAGAGUGAUUCCUCCGGACCAGAGCUUCACUGAACACUACGCCGGGAUCUUCCAUUUCCAGUUCUGGCGUUAUGGCGAAUGGAUUGACGUGAUUGUGGAUGACCGCAUCCCCACCUGCAAUAACCAGCUGAUUUUCACCAAAUCCUUCAGAAACAAUGAGUUCUGGAGCGCACUUUUGGAAAAAGCUUAUGCCAAGUUGCACGGGUCUUAUGAGGCACUCAAAGGGGGUAACACGCUGGAGGCCAUGGAGGAUUUCACAGGUGGAGUUACUGAGUUCUUCGAUUUGAACGAAACGACCAAAGAGCUCUACAGCAUCAUGAAGAGAGCGCUGGAGAGAGGCUCGCUGAUGGGCUGCUCCAUAGAUGUGUUUUCAGCCAGUGAACUGGAGUCUCGGACUGACCAGGGGCUGGUCAGGGGCCACGCCUACUCUAUCAUAGGUCUCCAGGAGUGUGAUGAGGUUUCAAAGGACACAAGAAUUCGCCUGAUCCGCUUGCGCAAUCCCUGGGGUUGGGUGCUCUGGAAGGGACCUUGGAGUUCAACUUCAAAGGAGUGGUCAACCAUUUCCACCGCAGACCAUGAGAAUCUAAAGAAACAAACCAUUGAGACGAGUGAGUUUUGGAUGUCCUUUGAUGAUUUCCAGCUGAAUUUUACUAAGCUGGAGAUGUGCAACCUGACCCCUGAUGCGCUGCAGGGCGUCGAAAGGAAUACCUGGACGGUGUCGGUCAACGAGGGUCGCUGGGUCAGAGGCAGCUCUGCUGGCGGUUGUAGGAAUUUCCCAGAAACAUUUUGGACAAACCCUCAGUAUCGGCUGCAGCUGUAUGAGGAGGACGAUGAUCCGGAGGAAGGGCAGGUGGUAUGCACCUUUGUUGUGGCCCUGAUGCAAAAGGGUCGGAGGAUGCAGCGACAUAUAGGGGCGAAAUUCCUCACCAUCGGAUUUUCCAUAUAUGAGGUGCCGAAGCAGAUGCGAGGGCAGAAUCAGCAUCUGCAGAAGGACUUCUUCCUCUACAACGCCUCCAAAGCCAAAUGCAAGAGCUACAUUAACCUGCGCGAAGUAACGGAGCGGUUCCGCCUCCCUCCUGGAGAGUACGUCAUCGUCCCCACGACCUUCGAACCCCACCAAGAGGGAGAGUUCAUCCUCAGGGUGUUUUCCGAGAAGCAGAGCUCAUCUGAGGAAGCAGAGAACAUCAUUGAAUCUGACAAAACACAGCAAGACAAGAAAAAGAGAGAAAAGCCGAUUGUGUUUGUGUCAGACCGAGCACGUGCCAAUAAAGAAAUUGAGCAUGACGGCAUACAGGGGGAAAAGAAGAAGAAACCGAAGCAAAAACUGUUGCAACAGGAUGAAGAGACUGAAGAAGAGAAACAGUUCAGAGCCAUUUACCAGCAGAUUGCUGGUGAGGACAUGCAGAUUUGUGCCAACGAACUGAAGAUGAUCAUGAAGAACGUACUUUCCAAGCAUAAUGAAAUAACGUCAGAAGGUUUCAGCCUUGAGACUUGCCGGAGUAUGAUCGCCUUGAUGGAUACUGAUGGGACAGGGAAGCUGAACCUGCAGGAGUUCAAGCAUUUGUGGAAGAAGAUCAAGCAGUGGCAGCUCAUCUUCAAACGUUACGACAAAGACCAAUCCUGCUCCAUCAGUAGUUUUGAGAUGAGGAAUGCUGUUAAUGAUGCAGGAUUUCACCUCAACAGGCAGUUAUAUGACAUCAUUGCCAUGCGCUACGCAGAUGAACACAUCAACAUUGAUUUUGACAGUUACAUCUGCUGUUUCGUGAGACUAGAGGGCAUGUUCAGGGCUUUUAAUGCAUUUGAUAAAGAUGGAGAUGGAGUAAUCAAGCUAAACGUCCUGGAGUGGCUUCAGCUGACCAUGUACUCGUAGAAGAUCAUCUUGUCCAUGACACUGAAAAAUGUGUUACUUUUUUGUGACAAUUCCUAUCCCUGAACAAAAUGUUUUUACACUGAAGCAGGGGUGUGACGUCAUUGUGAGCGGUUUCAAGCGUUUCUCCAGUUUUACUCUUGAUUCAGUAUACGUUUGGAUGGCUAAGGUCAGCUUUACUUUCUGAGGAGUUUUUUUUUAAUACCAAGGACAGAGUAAAUUUCUGAAUGUGGAACGUUUACCACCUUUGCCAAAUCUCCUGAAUUUCAAAUAUAAAAGUGGAUUUUGUUUGACAAGUCAUUAAAGAGACAUGUGUAAUGUAAGUUGUUCACAAAGAAAAACAACAAAGAAGUAGUAAUAAACACUUUAACUUGUCUUCAUUGCGGUAAACAUACGGUAGGUAUUAAAUUCCGUACACACAGCACAAUAUGAAAUAUAAAAGCCGAGGUUUUAUUAAUACCUCAUAAAAGUUACUCUCCCAACAGUUUGGGACAAGCAAGGGGGCAUUUUACAGUUGGUGCAGUGACAGAAAUGGGAUGUUUUGGAAAUUAUAUAUUCGUAAAUGUUUCACACAUUACAAAAAUAAAAAAAAAAAAGAAUAUGACUUAAAAUAUCGUGAGCUGAGCCCUUGGAAGAAUCUGAGCAGCUGAUCGCCGCAUUGCAUUGUGGGUAACGUAGGCACCAGUUUGAAAGAAAUAAGGUGACUGCAUACUACACUACUGAUAGUAUGUAAAUCAGCAAAUGUGAAAAUUUAGUAUGCAAGACAGGACCAACUGAACAAUUUGCAGUAUGGUAGAAGAAGCUGGAUGGUGUGUUGGAAAAUGUCCAGUAAGCAACAGACCAGUCUACCUGCUGUACAAUCCAAAGCACCACCACUGUCACAGCACCAACUUCUCGCUGGGCCACAGCAUUAUUGGUUUCAUUGUGGUACUCCCAGACCACAAAAAUGUGGGUUUUUUCCUAUCAUGAGAAUUCCUGUCCCACAACUGAGAUGCUCGACUCUUUUGAGACCUUUCAAAAGCUCAGAUGAACGAUAUCACAAGCUGGUUGACAUUUGAUGCAUGCUUUCAAAGUUGGCUGUCACUGACGUUCACAGCAAAUACUGCCACAUCAAAGCUUUCCUAUGCUGCAAGAAAUGUCCUGAAUAAUUGUCCCUACAAAUGUACUGAUAUCAUUCAUGACUAAAUGACAGCCUUUUGUUGAAUCUUGAUGCAACAUAUUCCAGAGAAGAGUGAUAAAAUGUAUUCUGACCAUCACUUAACAUAUUGCAAAUAAAUAGCUGCAGGUUCAACGUAACAAACCUGUAAACAUG